ACAGGUCUUGCAGGACCAUGCAAAGCACUGUUCGACAAGGGAACCUUUUGGAGAAAUUUGGCUUGAAUAUGUCUUAGAGCAAAUAAAGAUCUUUUGGGUUUUGAUGAUUCAAAACUACUCCCUUAACUACAGUAUGUUUCAUUAAGCCAGAGCUCUUUCCAAAAGUAACCAACAAAAUAACAUAAAAUUAUAGUACCUAUAAAAUUAAUUAAUAUGCGGAUACUGUAUUUGUUGAGACGUGUAAAGGUUUAUGCUUAUAGACCCAGCUGGACAGAGGGACAGAUUGUGCAGUAUGCCUCGCCACCUUAGAGGUAGCUACAGACUUAUGUGCUUAUGUGCAACCAGAUAGUGUAAUGUAUAUGACCCACACACCAACAUUGUGAACAUGUUCUAUUAUUGUAUUAUUAUCAGCUAGUUGUAGUCCUCCACCACAGAUUGUGUUGGCUUCUCAGUGGGCAUAUACCUGCUGACCUGUCCAGUCCAGAGUCCAGACAGUGAGAUUUCUCCAGUGUUUCAACAUUUUGUAUUUGUAACUGCAGGAAAGCAAUUCAAGUUUUGUUUUUAUCUCAUAUAUUUGACAGAAAAAAAAACAAAAAAAAACUCAUUUAUCAUUUCAGAAAUACCAAACGGAUCGUACUUUUCUUCUCGUUAUUGUAGCCUACCGACAGCAUGCGGUUCCCUCGCGCAACCAACGCUCUGUAAUUUUCCAAGUACCUAUGUGCGGCUUGCAAUCUGUUCAUGUUUCAGAUUGCAUUCUCGUACCAGCCGUAGUUUCCCCUACUGCUGUAACCAGGAAGUGAGGACUGGUUUACACAUUGCCUGCCUGACAACUUUGCGCCUUUGUUUUUUCGUCGCCUGGUUAAGAUAUGUCGACGCAGUGAAAGAGAAACAUAACUCAUAGGCAUGUUUUAAGGACAGCUGCCAUCGUGAAUGUGGAUGAUUAUGCGUAUUAAUCAAGCAAUGUGGUAUUUAAAGAGGCAGAGCGGGCUCUAUAUGAGGAGGAUGGAUUAAGACCAUGGACACCUGUAGAUGCCCUACCAGUCUCUCUUCAGGGGGGUCGAGAUGAGUGAGGAAGAAGAGCAGCUUCAGGCGAAGACCUCUGAGGAGGAAGAGGACGAGGAGGAAGAAGACGAGGAGUCGAAAAUAUGCCAGGUGUGUGGGGACCAGGCCAAUGGCUACCACUUCAAUGCCAUGACCUGCGAAGGCUGCAAGGGCUUCUUUAGACGGGCUAUGAAGAGGCCAGCGACCUUCUGCUGCCCUUUCCAGAAGAAUUGUGUCAUCACCAAGAGCAACCGGCGGCAGUGCCAGGCCUGUCGCCUGCAGAAGUGUCUCUCCAUUGGCAUGAAGAAGGACAUGAUCAUGUCGGACCAGGCGGUGGAGGAGCGGCGCUGGAAUAUCAAGAGGAAGAGGCUGAUGGCCGAGCCCAUACUGCUGUCGCCCCAGCAGGAGAAGCUCAUUCAGGAACUGACCGCAGCUCACGAGCAGACCUUCGACCGGACCUGCUCCCACUUCCACCAGUUCCGCCCCCUAGAUAGGUGUACAGCCUCAGUCAGCAACCAAACACAGCAGGGCUCUACGUCCUACUCAAUGCCAUUAGGAGGGAGUGACUGCGGCUUUAGCUCCGAAGGCCCAGGCUCCUCAUCCUCAUCUUCAUCUUCAAGCUCCGUGACGUGCGAUGCUGGGCAGGCGCCAGAUGAGAAGUGUAAGAAACCGGUCUUCACCUCGCUGUCGCACGUCAAUGACCUCAGCACGUACAUGAUCCAGAACGUCAUCAACUACGCCAAGAUCAUAACCGCCUUCAGGGGUCUGACGAUGGAAGACCAGAUCUCGCUACUCAAAGGAGCCAUGUUUGAGAUGGUGCAGAUCCGCUUCAACAUGCUCUUCAAUAACAAGACCGGGAUCUGGGAGUGCGGCAGCCUCCACUACUGCAUGGACGAUGCCUAUCGGGCGGGUUUCCAGCCCCACCUGCUGGACCCUCUGAUGAAGUUCCACUACACACUGCGGGGCCUUGAGCUGCAUGAUGUGGAGUACACACUAAUGCAGGCCAUCUCCCUCUUCUCCCCAGACCGCCCUGGGGUCACAAGCAGUGAUGUCAUCAGCUGUCACCAGGAGAACCUGGCCGUCACCCUGCUGGCGUACAUCGAGUCCAAGAGGACGGACAGUGAUAAACAUACUGCAACUGUCCCACAAGCAUCCAUGGAAGAAACAAAAGGGGAACAUUGCAACCUGCUGUUCCCCAAGAUUAUGGCGUGCCUGACGGAGAUGCGGACGAUGAAUGAGGAGUACAGCAAGCAGGUGAUGCAGAUUCAGGACAUCCAGCCAGAGUUGUCACCACUCAUCCUGGAGGUGGUCAGCCAAGACAGCUAACUAUGGCAACGGCUAGCCGCUUCAGACAGCUAGCUAAGAUAAAUGACAGCUGUUAUGGUGUAUGGAGGACACUGGAACUUUCUCUCUCACAUUUUCACAUACACACACACACACACACUGUACAAAUCUGAGAUGGAGAUUUUCAUUUUUUUUCUCGUUUGGAAUGGCCUGGCUGCCUCAUGUAGACAUUGAACCAAACCUCAACUGAACAUUGACAUUUUACCUCAACAAUUCUUUAAGUGUGUCCUGUCCUUGCUCAGAGAUGAGGUGACACAAGUGCUUGACUCUGGAGCAAACAAUGGACAUGACACACACACACACACACACACACACACAUACACACACACACACACACACAAAUACCAAUCCAAUGCUGCUAUGGAAUCUAAAGGGAUCACAUAAAGUACUAUUGGAGGUUGUCAUCAACAUAAGUAAUAUUUUUGAAUAUGGAGGAUUAAGGCACUGGGAACAAAAAUGAAACAAAACCCUGAAGCCUCAUGACAUUCUGUAUACAUGUUCCUUACAGGUGUCCUUAAUAAUGAGACAAUCCAGACAUCAUGGGAUUGAAUUGAAUAAGCUCAAACCCUACAGUAUAUGCUAUGUAAGGGAUAAUGUAUUGUCCGCCGGUAAUUAUCAGAAAAUAAGUCCCGACAGGGAGAACAGAACCCCGAU